AGUUUUCAUUCGCCACUCAUUCGAUCAAAGAGUAGAUUUGCAUAAAAAUGGCAUUCAAAUUUGUAGUCUUGUUCGCUUUUCUUGCUGUCGCCGCUGCACAGCAUUAUGAAUCGAAUUACUAUCAGCAGCCACAGUAUCACGCUCAACCUGCCUUGCUGAAGACCAUUCAGCCGGCUUUGGUGAAAACAAUUCAACCAACUUUGAUUAAGACUGUCCAGCCAACUCUGGUUAAGGCUGUGAAGCACGUUGAAUACCCUGAUGCCCCAGCUGAGUAUCAGUUCGCCUAUGAAGUGCACGAUGAUCACACCGGAGACAUCAAGAGCCAGCAUGAGGAGCGUCACGGGGACAGUGUCAAGGGAUACUACACUCUAGUCGAUGCCGAUGGACACCGUCGUAUCGUUGAGUACAGCGUUGAUGGACACAGUGGCUUCAACGCCGUUGUCCGUCGUGAGCCUCUAGAGGGACACAAAAUUGUGAAGGCGGUUGCCCCUGUUGCCAAGAUCGUUGCCCCAGUGAAGGUACUUGCCCAAGCUCCGGUUCAUCAUUACCAGCCAGCCCCUGCCCAGGUUCACAUUCAUCAAGCUCCAAUUCAUCAUUACCAACCAGCUCCAGUCAAGCUCAUCAGUGCCCCAGUUGCUAAGAUUGCCCUUCCAACCGUCGCCAAAGUGGCGUAUGCCCCACAGCACGAAACCCUGAACCAUGUUCAAUUCAGUGGACACUCCGCCAACUACCACUACUAA